AUGAGGCAAUGCAUCCUGGAUAGUUCUGAGCUCUUGUCCUGCUACGAGCAUUUACUCAGAGAAGUUGUAUGUCCCUACCUGAAGGCCAAGCUGAACGAAGAGGACCCACUCGAGACAGGACAAAACUCAAUGGUUUUCUAUUGCCAAUACCCUCCCACCUUGCGCUUGCAGCCCGGACCCAGUUCGCGGCCUCGGCGCCAGCACCGCGAUGCAGAGUUUGGUCACCAAGACGGGGAAGUCAACUUUUGGAUGCCACUCACUGACUAUGACCGCACCCACACAACGCUUUGGGUUGAGUCAAUGCCCAAUGCCAAUGAUUUCCAUCCGCUGAUCUUAGACGUGGGAAGAAUUGCCAUGUUCCAUGGCACCUUGGUGAGGCAUUAUGUGCCUCCAAAUCCCACCAGCUUCCUGAGAGUGUCCAUAGACUUUCGAGUUGGAAUUGGAAGGUAUUUCGAUCCCAAAUGGACAUUGGAAGGUUUACAACACUACCAUGGUCGGCACAAAAUCAUUUUGUGA